GCCUGCUCUCACCUCCUUGAUCUAGUUGAUGCGCUCACUGUCUCUGCGUCCUAUUGAAAGGACUGCACCCACUCUCUUUUAGACAUGCCUACUUUCAAGGUCGUAGUUAUCGGCGCUUCUGGGGUUGGAAAAACGAGUCUCCGAGGCCAGUAUAUAUCCGCUCGUUUUUCGUCUUCGUAUCGUGCUACCAUUGGCGCCGACUUCAUCACCAAAACGCUCCCACCCAUGACCCCUGAUGGCGAACCCAUUACCCUCCAAAUAUGGGACACAGCGGGACAAGAGCGUUUCUCCUCCCUCGCGGCGGCUUUCUUCCGGGGCGCGGACGCCGCGAUACUCAUGUACGACGUUACCACCCCGGACACGUUGUACGCGUUGAGCAAGUGGUGGGCGGAGUUCCGCGACAAGGCCCCCGUGGCAGAUGAAGACCUGCGCGGUUUCUGUGUGGCCGUGGUUGGGAACAAGACUGAUUUGUUGGAUGGGCUUGGGGAGGACGAGGAUGUCGUGAGUCCGACGCAAGGGGUGAGAUUUGUCAGGGUAUUGAUACCUCAGUUGGAUACGCCACCGCAUACACCCAGGCCGUUGGGAGCGCUCGCGGUUACUUCUGGAGAUGAGGAGGACGCAGACGGCGACUAUGAUGAUGGAGAAGACCCACUGGCCUCAUCGCAGCUCACUGCCCGCCCGCAAUCAGCAGACCCAAUAUCCAUCUUGCGACACCCCCAUCUCUCGCCAUAUAGCAACAAUACGUCUCCCUCGCAACUUUCUUUCUUUCACCCCAAAGCAACACCGCGCAACCACUCCACUUCGCGUGCAAGCUCUCACUCGAGAGGCGGUGCUUCAACCAUUACCUCCGCACUCACCAUCUAUCACACGCCGUCGUCAUCCGUGUUCAGUGACAGCGCGUCCGAAUACUGGCACUCCGCUCGAUCUUCAUACGCCCACUCGUCUGCCCACUCGUACAACGAGCAUUCACCCGUCGCCCCACUCAAUAUGAACGGAUUCUUUCCCCAUAGACGUCGCUCACCGAGUGCCCGGAGUGCCUCCGAAGUCACAAUCACCCCUGCACGCUUCUCCAAAUCUUCGUCUUCGCUGUCUCUCGUUACAACUGCGGACGCUUAUGCGAACAAUUCCGUCUCUCCUUCGCCCAUCGAUACGUCCGCCUCUCCCUUUGCGUCGCGGACCGAUGUCCAGCGGGCUUUGGAUGCCGGCCCGUCGUCAGCCGCGCUAAGCCCUCUGCCCUAUCCUCAGCAUUUCCCAUUCGGGGCAAAUGGGACCUCAACCAAACGACAUCCAACAACGGCAGUCACUCCCACGGCGGUCACGCCGACAACCUCCGCGUCGGCGUCAGUCACCAGCCUCCUGGACGCCGUGUCGCAGCCACCCAAACGCGGCAAAGGCAAACAGCCCAGCGAGCACGAGCGUCAGAUCCCGCAGUGGCUCACGGAAGCCGAUCUCGACGUCGGUGCGUCGGGUGCAGCCCAUUUCCGCGUGUCGGCAAGAACUGGCGACGGUGUGUCCGAUGUUUUCGGGUGGAUUGCACGGCGGCUGCUAGUGCAGUACGAAAGGAGGGAGGCGGAGAUGGGCUGGGAGGACAAUCCGAGGGCGUCCAUUACACAGCCGAGGCAUCGUCAGAAAGGUGGUGCUGAGGAACGGCUGAGGUUGAAUGCAAAUGGGGGAUCAGGGAACAGGGUGUCGGACAGGUGUUGUUAA